AUGGGUAUAAGAAAUCAGUCUACAGUCACUGAAUUUCUUCUCUCAGGAUUAACUGACCGACUAGAGCUUCAGCUGCCUCUUUUCUUCCUCUUCUUGGGGAUUUAUAUAGUUACAGUGGUGGGGAAUCUCGGCAUGAUCUCCAUAAUUGGGUUGAGUCCUCAACUUCACAUUCCCAUGUACUAUUUCCUCAGUAGUUUGUCUUUUUUAGAUUUCUGUUAUUCUACUGUCAUUGUGCCCCAAAUGCUGGUAGGAUUUGUAAGCAGAGAUAAAGCAAUCUCCUAUUCUGGAUGCAUGACUCAGCUGUUCUUUUUCUGUAUUUUUGUCAUUUCUGAGUGCUACAUGUUGGCAGCCAUGGCCUAUGAUCGCUAUGUCGCCAUCUGCAGCCCUCUGCUCUACAAUGUCAUUAUGUCCCCUCGGGUCUGUUCUCUGCUGGUGGCUGCCGUCUUCUCAGUAGGCUUCACUGAUGCCAUGAUUCAUGGUGGUUGUAUAUUAAGAUUGGAUUUCUGUGGAUCCAAUGUCAUUAAACAUUACUUCUGUGACAUCGUGCCUCUUAUUAAACUUUCCUGUUCCAGCACAUAUAUUGAUGAACUUUUGAUUUUUGUCAUUGGUGGAUUUAACAUGGUAACCACCAGCCUGACAAUCAUCAUUUCCUACACUUUCAUCCUCUCCAGCAUCCUCCGCAUCCAGUCUAAAGAGGGCAGGUCCAAGGCUUUCAGCACCUGCAGUUCCCACUUGACAGCUGUUCUUAUUUUCUAUGGGUCUCUCAUGUCCAUGUAUCUCAAACCUGCUUCCAGCAGCUCAGCCAUCCAGGAGAAAGUAACAUCUGUAUUUUAUACCACUGUGAUCCCCAUGUUAAAUCCCCUAAUUUAUAGCCUUAGGAAUAAGGAAGUGAAAAGUGCGCUGAUGAAACUUUUAGAAAGAAAAAUAUCUUCAAAUUAA